AUGGCGAUUAUUGUACGAGGAGGUCGUAUGUUUAUUGGAUUUCUUCGAAUAAUUGACCAGUUCGGCAAUGUCGUCCUUCAUAAUGCUGCGGAACGUAUACAUGUGGCGAAAAAAUUCUGUGACGUUCCCCAGGGAAUACUUUUAAUUAGAGGUGAAAAUAUUACAAUUAUCGGGGAACUGAGUCCGGAAAUAAACAUCGACGAGAAGCUAGAAAGAGUUUCAGAAGAAGAGAUUUAUAAGCUCCAGCAAGAACAGACAGCCUCGCGCAAAGAACUAGCCAAGAAGCGAGCUGAACUAUUCGCGAUACGUGGAUUAGGUUUUCCAGACUUCUUAGAUAUAAUUGACGACACAUAA